CCGCCGGGGACCGCGGGGCCAGCCCCGUCGCGCCUUUGUGCGGGGCCAGCCCGCCCCUGCCGCGCCGCUGCCGCCGAGCCGCUCCUGCCCCCCACACGCCCGGGCGGGUCCGGCCGCUGCUCGGGCGGCGCGGCGGGGCUUCCCCUCUCUCCGGCCGGCCCCCUGCCCCCCGCUCCGGGCAGCAUGGUGGACCUGGACAGCGAGGUGCCGCCGCUGCCGCCGCGGUACCGCUUUCGGGACUUGCUGCUGGGCGACCAGGGCUGGCAGAGCGACGACAGGGUGCAAGUUGAAUUCUAUAUGAAUGAAAAUACCUUUAAAGAGAGACUAAAGCUCUUCUUCAUCAAAAACCAAAGAUCAAGUCUGAGAAUACGAUUAUUCAAUUUCUCUCUCAAGCUCCUAAGCUGUUUCCUAUACAUAGUUCGUGUGCUCCUGGAUGAUCCUACACAAGGACUUGGAUGUAAGGAAUUAAACCGGAGUUGUUCCAGUCAAAACUACACACCUGGAACAAUUGAUUGGUCUCCCAUUAUUUGGGUGAAUCGAAGCUUACCUUUAUGGGGAUUACAGGUGUCUGUGGCUGUAAUAAGUCUCUUUGAAACUCUGUUGCUAAGUUAUCUAAGCUACAAGGGAAAUAUCUGGGAACAAAUUCUGAGAAUACCCUUUCUCCUGGAAAUAAUUAAUGCUGUCCCUUUCAUCAUCACGAUUUUCUGGCCAGUCCUAAGAAACCUGUUUAUUCCUGUAUUUUUAAAUUGCUGGCUGGCAAAGCAUGCUUUAGAAAAUAUGAUUAAUGAUCUUCACCGAGCCAUCCAACGCACACAGUCCGCAAUGUUUAACCAAGUGCUCAUUUUAAUAUCUACCUUACUAUGUCUCAUCUUCACUUGUAUUUGUGGAAUUCAGCAUCUGGAACGAGCAGGAAACAGGUUGACUCUCUUUGACUCCCUUUAUUUCUGCAUAGUGACAUUUUCUACUGUGGGCUUUGGGGAUGUUACACCCAAGAUAUGGCCUUCAAAGCUGCUUGUUGUCAUUAUGAUCUGUGUUGCUCUUGUGGUGUUGCCCAUACAGUUUGAACAGCUGGCAUAUUUGUGGAUGGAGAGGCAAAAGUCUGGAGGAAACUACAGCAGAUACAGAGCUCAGACAGAAAAACACGUUGUGCUGUGUGUGAGCUCUCUGAAGAUUGACUUACUCAUGGAUUUCUUAAAUGAAUUCUAUGCCCACCCCAGACUGCAGGACUAUUAUGUGGUUAUUUUGUGUCCUACGGAGAUGGAUGCUCAGGUCCGAAGGGUGUUACAAAUCCCAAUGUGGUCCCAAAGAGUUAUCUACCUGCAAGGCUCAGCCCUAAAAGAUCAAGACCUAUUGAGAGCUAAGAUGGACAAUGCUGAAGCCUGCUUCAUCCUGAGCAGCCGCUGUGAGGUGGACAGGACAGCAGCAGAUCACCAAACUAUUUUAAGAGCUUGGGCAGUCAAAGACUUUGCUCCAAAUUGUCCUUUGUAUGUUCAGAUACUGAAGCCUGAGAAUAAAUUCCACAUCAAGUUUGCAGAUCAUGUUGUAUGUGAAGAAGAAUUCAAAUAUGCUAUGCUAGCUCUAAAUUGCAUAUGUCCAGCUACUUCUACAUUAAUCACUCUGCUGGUUCAUACAUCUAGGGGACAUACAGCCCCAUGGGAAGCUUUCAGGCAACUCACUGGAACCAAGCAGACAUUAAACAGGGAGAGUCAGCAAUCACCAGAACAAUGGCAGAAAAUGUAUGGCAGAUGCUCUGGUAAUGAAGUGUAUCACAUCAACCUGGAAGAAAGUACAUUUUUUGCAGAGUAUGAGGGGAAGAGCUUCACAUAUGCUUCUUUCCAUGCACAUAAAAAGUUUGGAGUCUGUCUGAUUGGUGUUAGAAAGGAAGAUAACAAAAACAUUUUGCUGAAUCCAGGUCCUCGAUAUAUCAUGAGUUCUACUGAUAUAUGCUUUUAUAUAAAUAUCACCAAAGAAGAGAAUUCUGCUUUUAAGAAGCAAGAAAAGCAUAGAAAAAACCAUGAAUCAAAAUUAUCUUAUCAUGGAGCUUCUAGGUUACCAGUACACAGUAUAAUAGCCAGCAUGGGGACCGUGGCCAUCGAUCUGCAGGACACGGGGUGCCGCGGGGCCAGCGGGGCCACGCUGGCUCUGCCCGCCCAGGGGGGCAGGGAGGGCAGGAGGCCCAGCAUCGCCCCCGUGCUCGAGGUGGCUGACUCCUCCUCCCUGCCCACCUGCGACCUGCUCAGCGACCAGUCCGAGGAUGAAACCACCCCCUCCGACGAGGAAGGCUCUGCGGGCUUUGAGUAUGCCAAAGGCUAUCCUCCUUACUCUCCUUAUAUUGGAAGUUCUCCCACCUUUUGUCAUCUUCUGCAUGAAAAAGUACCCUUCUGUUGUCUAAGACUAGAUAAGGGGUGCCAGCAUAACUACUAUGAAGAUGCCAAAGCCUAUGGAUUCAAAAACAAAUUGAUUAUAGUUGCAGCAGAAACUGCUGGAAAUGGCUUAUACAACUUCAUUGUCCCACUGAGAGCUUAUUACCGACCAAAGAAAGAACUAAACCCCAUUGUAUUACUGCUGGACAACCCGCCAGAUAUGCAUUUUCUGGAUGCAAUCUGUUGGUUUCCAAUGGUUUACUACAUGGUGGGCUCUAUCGACAACCUAGAUGACUUAUUAAGGUGUGGGGUCACCUUUGCAGCUAACAUGGUGGUGGUGGACAAGGAAAGCACGAUGAGUGCUGAGGAAGACUACAUGGCAGAUGCCAAGACUAUUGUGAAUGUUCAAACCCUCUUCAGGUUGUUCUCCAGCCUGAGCAUUAUCACAGAGCUAACUCACCCAGCCAACAUGAGAUUCAUGCAGUUCAGAGCCAAAGACUGCUAUUCUCUUGCUCUGUCCAAACUGGAAAAGAAAGAGCGGGAGAAGGGAUCUAAUCUGGCAUUUAUGUUUCGACUGCCCUUUGCUGCUGGCAGGGUUUUCAGCAUCAGCAUGUUGGACACACUGCUUUAUCAGUCAUUUGUGAAAGAUUAUAUGAUUUCUAUCACAAGACUUCUGCUGGGACUUGACACCACACCAGGAUCUGGGUUUCUUUGUUCUAUGAAAAUCACAGAAGAGGAUCUGUGGAUUAGGACAUAUGCCAGACUGUACCAGAAGCUUUGUUCCUCUACAGGAGACAUUCCAAUUGGAGUCUACAGGACAGAAUCCCAGAAGCUCACAACAUCUGAGUCACGAGAAAUGUCUUCACAAUCUCAAAUCUCCAUCAGCGUGGAGGAUUGGGAGGACACCAAAGACACCAAGGAGCAGUUCAGCAGCCGCGGCAACCACCGGAACUCCACCUCCAGCGACCAGUCCGACCACCCGCUGCUGCGGAGGAAGAGCAUGCAGUGGGCACGGCGCCUGAGCAGGAGGGCGCCCAGGCACUCUGCCAAAACUGCUGAGAAGAUCAACCAGCAGAGAAUGAACCUCUACAGGAGGUCAGAAAGGCAGGAGCUCGCUGAACUCGUGAAGAACAGAAUGAAGCACCUGGGCCUUUCUCCAGCAGGAUACGGUACCGCUAUACAGUACUUCAGUAGCAACAUUUGCAUGGUGCAAGAUGAAAUGAAUGAUCAUCAGAACACCCUUUCCUACAUCCUGAUCAACCCUUCUCCAGAUACAAGAUUAGAGCUGAAUGAUAUAGUAUACUUGAUCCGACCCGACCCAUUGACUUAUGUUCCAAAUGCUGGACCCAGCCGAAAGAACAGCUUCUGCAAUACAGUGGGACAGGACACCAGGGAGGAGACACAACUUUGAUAUGGAACUCACCACAGCAUUCAGAGACAGUUUUAUACACAUGUUGUUUCCACUAACCAUUUUGCAAGCUGAGUGGUAUAUUUUAUUCAGAUUUUGGAAACAAAAUGACAGUGGGUAAGUGACCAAAUGCAGAAAUGUGGUGCCUAGAAACUCUAAUUUCAGGGAUUGUCAGGUCUGUGGCCUGUUCAGUAUGGAAGUUGAACUUUGUCAGCUUAGCAGAAUGAUGACAACCUGUUGCUAUUUAACCCACACGAACAAAUGUCAGAUUCUACCACAGUUUGCUUAGAUGCUCCUAAGCAUAUUUAGGUGGCAGCAUGUCAGUGACUGAGCUUCUGACCAGUGUCAGAUUAUCUGAUGCCCAUAGAGAGACAAUGCCUGAUUUGUAGUAGCAAAUAUGUUAAUACCUAAAGCUGCCAACAAGGCUCUGUGUGUCAAGAAUUCAGUCUUUGAAAUUAUUUUCAAUCUCAGCCUAUCUCCCAUUUUUUAUUAGCACAGAUUAGUUUCAGUCCCAUUUUAGCCUCCAGGACCUGGGUUUUGUUCCCUGGGUUUACACAGACCAGGCUGAAUGACACAACCUGGUCAUGCUGCAGAGGCUGAGAUUGAGACACUUCAGUGACAGAAGAGCCCAGCUGCAGGAAAGUCCCUCCCAUCUCACACAGGCAGCUCUCCCAACACUGGCAAAAAACUGGGGAGUUACUGUGUGAAGCUGCAUACAGGGGUAGCUCAGGUGAAACAAUCCUUUGAACCUUGGUGGGUUUUUCUGUAGAAACCUGAGUAGAUUACAACACAGAAGUGAGAGCAUCCCUCUAGGGAAUGAUUCCUACAGCAAGCCCUUAACAUUUUCAUGAUUAUGCCAGAACUACAGUUUAUCCAUAACAUUACAUGCCUAGUCAUCCAGAUUACCCAAAAGUGAUACCUUUUUAUAUGAAAUUACAUAUCUCAUUGAAGAUUAAAGAAAUUUAUAACCCAUUCACAAAAUGAAUGUAAUUCCACAUAGUGUGAAAAAGCAUUAUGGAUCUAAAAGCUCUGCUUUGGCAUGAAGUAGACACAAAAGCAUCUGCUUGUGUAAGAAGCAACUAAAAUUGGUCAAGCUUUCUACAGAAUUAAGCAUAUCUGUCCAUGAUCUUCCAAAAUCAUUGUCACAAAUAGGGAAGAACAUACUUGAGGUUUUAAACUCCCUUCUGUUACAAGUGUCCAUAUAGACCCAAGUAAUUUUGCAGGUAGUCUAAUAUGGAAAAAAAUUAUUAUUCUCUGAACUCUCUUGAUGUCCUAUUUUAAAAAAAAAAAAUCAGUCAAAACUGCUUAUAUUCUCUUCUAUAUUAAUUGGUAGAAGUACAUUAUAUUUCUAAAACAGAAACUACAACCAGAUUGCCCAGCAAGCAGCUCUUGAAUGUGAGCCUGUUUACCAGCGUUGUACGGAUACUGAAAUCAAGUCACGUUCAUAUUAGGAAUGACAGCAAAUCUGCUUUUAGUUCCUGCCUUCCUUUUAAUGAUUGCAAGGUUUAACAAUUCAGUGGUUCUGCUUAGAGUCCAUUAUUGCUCGGUGCUUUUCCACACUGGAGUCAUUCACUAGUUUAUUCACAGAUAAAGUAUUUCAAAUGGGCACUGUGGGAAACAAAGAAACAAUUGAAACAGCUGCACAGACUGAAGUCUACAUUUUUUCAGAAAGAAAAACAAACAGUAUAUGGUACAGGAUCCUGUCCAAGACCUGCCAUAGAAGUUACCCAGAAGAGUUUGCAUGGGCAGUGUGAAUAAUUUUUCUAUUUUUAAUACCUUCAGGGAGAAGAUUCUAUUCCAGUUGAAUAUUUUUUUAAAAAAUACAAGUUUCUUAAAAAUGUUCAUUCCAAACUAUUAGAAGGAUCUGUUGUUGCAUACGGAAGGCUUCUCUAAUGGAGUCUCAAGGAGGCAGAGAGGCUUCCAGAACCAUGGCUAUCCUCCAGCUGGCAAGCUGCACACUGCUUUUAGCCUGAGUCACAGUUCACAGGAAUUCCUGUGUGUGUGUACAGCACACACCACUGAUUUAAGGACUCUCUGCCAAAAGGAUCCAUAGUGAGGGCUUGAGUCCUCCCAUUUAACAGCCCAUAAAGCAGCAGAAACAAGCAGCCAGCUGUGUCCAUUUGCCCACUUAACUCAGCAGAAUUGCUGCUUGGCUAGAUUAGAAUAGUGGCAUCUAAUGUAACCCGGUAUUUCUCCAGGCUUAAUGAAUUUCUAAUUGCUCAUUAGCCUCAGAAGAUUUGCUAAAGCAAACACAAAGACAGCUGGAGACACUUGGAGUCCCUAAAAUGAAUGCAAGGCAAUCUUUGUGAACCAAACACUUAGUUCUCUUCAAAAUCUGCUGGAAGACAAGCAAGGUAGUAAAAACUAACAACAGCUUCUGAUGAAGCAGAAGUUCUAAUAACCUAUGAAUAAAGUAUCGCGAAGUUCAGCUGUUCAGAAUAAUGCUGUCUUUCAUGUCGAAAGCAGAACAGGUUUGCUUCCUCUGGAGUAUCUUCACAGACAGACUGCAUUCUAGUGGGAUUUUGAUCUUCCAAGACCAGCCUAAGCACCACUACAUUUUCCCUGAAUGAGACAGUAUGCACGGUCCCCUCAGUGGCCAGGGAGGUGAUUCUUUAAUGGCCAUCCUGCAGGCAAUCUUAUGUUCACACACUUUUUUUCUCAUCAUGAUUAUCAGAAAUGUAACACAAGCCUAACUGGACUGGAGACCAGACUGAGGAACAGGAGUCUCAAGGCUCAGUGCUGGAGAAGGGAUGAUGAAGUUCUAGAAUGGGCAGGGUCAAAUGACUGUUGAACAGAGGGGUGUGAGCAGGCAACAGUGCACUCAGUAGAGGGAGAAAUGUGGAGCUGUGAAAAAAAAGAUUAUUUCUCUCUGUAUUAACUGUAUGUAUUUUUCCUCCUGGCUCACUUCUGUCAACAACCCAAAGAUGGCCCUCUUCCCCAGCACUGCCUUAGCACAGCCCAAGCAGUUUGGUACCGAGUCACAGACCCAGACAGGGAAGCGCUAGCUGAUAAUAACUGCUUCAUUCUCAAGGGAAUUUCCAGCAAAGCCGGAACCUAUGAAAAUGUGUUACCUAGUCUGCAAUAAAAAAAGUCUCAAGAACUCUUUCAAUGGCAUGCAGUGUGUUUCAUUAACUGUUUCACUCCAAUUCCACGACACACAUGAAUUCAGGUACAAAGUAAAAAGCAUGAAGUUCUUGAGUUUUUGAAACUUGCAAUGGAAAUGAAUUAUUGAAGUUGUGAACUUUUGUCUCAGUAAUUAAGAUCAGUUAUUUCCCAGCAUAGAUAUUUUCUCUCUCACAAACAACUUUGUACCACAACUACACUUUAACAACUUCCAAACAAGUAUAACAAGUAUACAAAUGCAAAUUACUGAAUAUUACACCGCUUUAUUUACCCGUGCACCAAAAAAAGCUAAAGAACAAAUAAAUGUUAGGCUUCAGCAAAGGAGGAAAACUGAAAUGACAUCAAGUGCAGCAGAGGUAACACACAAUUCUCUGGUUUCUAGAGAAUUAGGGCUGAAAGUAAUCAUUCUGUAAUUUUGGAACACUGACAUGAGAUUUUGCAGCAUUGAAUUCUGCUUGAUAUCCAAUGGAAACCAGCCACUAAAAUCUGGAAAUGAAUUAAUAACAUGAAGCAGUUCUAUGCAGGUACAAAAAUUUGUACCUCAAGGUUAUAAAAAUACUUCUUCAAGGCAGUGCUAUAAAUGCAGAAUUUAUAAAACUAAGAAAUAUGCAUAAAAUAUGG